AGUAACCCGUGGCACAACGUUUCGAGCAUUGAGUCGCACGCAACUCUCACACGCUUCCUUUCUAUAUAUGUAAGAGACAAACUAUGUCCAACACUCGAUGCUGUUGCCCUCCAACCAUUUUCUCAUUCUGAGGUCUGAUCAAUGGCACUGUGUAGAAGUGGGCCAAACCCACUUUUGGAGAGUAAUAGCUUAGCUUAUUUGGCUCAAAAUUUGUCGACAAGACUUAUUGUACCUGUUCCCCUUCGUUUUGCUGGACAAUUCUUUAAUUUAGGAAGGAGAAAGUACAAGGGAGUAUGCUGCUCAUCAUUAAGGAAAGCUGCUUCUGCAUCUUCUGUGGAGUCACAGGAAGAUGCUCCAAGUACCUUUUCGGUUUGCUUGGAGGAGGAACUGGAUCAUGUUAUACAGUUCAAAAUGUCAGACUUUAAGAUUUUAGAUCAUGUUAGCAUUGGCCUCGGUGGGCGGGCGGAUGAGGUAGUGUUUGAAGGCAAGGUGAAGGAUAGUGGUAGCCCUUUGUAUAACUCUAGAGUUGUGCUCCGGCAGCUUUCUAGUGCCCAAGCUCAGCGCCGAGGGAAACGAGCAAUAGAGGUAUUGAAGAAACUGGUUCGCCGGAAACUUCUGUAUCAUUCUUACUCAAUGCAAGUUCAUGGCUAUAUCUCUCUGCCAGCAACCGGAGGUAGUGGUUCAUUCAUCCUAGUCCAUGGGUAUCAUGGUAGUUUUUCUUUGAGACAUUGGCUUCAACAGUCAGAUUGGCUUCCGACUUUAGAGGCCACUCUUGCAUUGGAUGAAGAGUCUGUUAGGAGGGUGGGAGAAGACACAACUGGAGGUCCCGCAGUUUCUAGGCAGUUGAGACUUACUCGAAUAUUAAUGAGGGAUCUUCUAAUCGGGGUAAAUUACCUGCACAGCCAUGGUCUUGCCCAUACAGAGUUGAGGCUGGAAAAUGUGCAUAUAAGCCCAAUAGAUAGACAUAUCAAAGUAGGUAUACUGGGAAAUGCUGCUGAUUUUUACGAGGAUGGUUCAAAUAGUGACUCUAUGGACAGCAUGGACAGGCGACAGAUGAUGAUUGCAUUUGACAUGAGAUGUGUGGGUUUCAUAAUGGUGAAAAUGGUAAUGCGAGAGCUUAUUGAUCCUUUGAUCUUUUCAAAGUUCAAAACAUUCCUCACUAAGGGAUAUGAUCCUUCAUGUUUGCGAGAGCUUAUGUUGGAAAUCCUUGGUAGAAGUUCCCCAUAUGGAAAUGCUGGCUUUCAAAUACUUGAUAGGAACUGGGGUGCUGGUUGGCACCUUUUGUCUUUAUUGCUUGCAACCAAAUCCUCUAAAAGGAUAAGUUGUUUGGACGCUCUUAGACACCCAUUCCUUUGUGGUCCAAGAUGGCGAGUAGUCCCAUCAAUGGAUAUUAUCAGAUGGGGUCUGGGUUCUACAGCAAUGCGUAUCAGUGAGGAGUACAUUUAUCGUCAACCUCAGCGUAGUAGGCUUGCCCACUUCAUUGACUUAAUGGAGAUGUUGAAUCCUCAUCCAAAGCCAAAGAACUGGUUGGAGCUGCUUCCAGGCAAAUGGCGUCUAUUGUACUGUACAGGGAAGCAUGUAGGGCUAACCCUUCGCCAACCUCCUGCUCGUGUACUCAUUGGAGAUGUGCAUUUAACCGUGAGAAGAGCAUCAAAGUUGAAGGCUAAUCUUUCAUUUGUCUCUGACAUUGGAUUCUCUGUCCUGAUUGGUCAGGACUGGCCUCAUGACAAAGCUGGUAAGAGUGGAAGAUUGCAGGUGAAUUCAUCAUUUGUACUAACAGCCGGUAGACGGUUAUAUCUGAAGCAAGACAAGACCACAGAGAAGUUCUACUUUGGUCCUUCCAGCAAUGAGGAGGCUUUAGCUCAGAAAUUUACUGACAAGAAAUGGAGAAAAAUAGUCCCUUUCAAGGAGCUUCCAUCAUGUCUUCCUGCAGCCAAGCUUGCAUCAAGUGAUAUUGAUGUGACAAUGAGUCUUGAUGAUCCAUUAAAUGAAAACAUUGAUACUGCAAGAAAUGUUCUUCAAGAACUAAGAACACAAGUUCCCCCAGAAAUAUUUGAUUUGUCAAAGCUUGUGUGUGGAACUUAUGUGGACUCAAGGAUGCUUGUCCUUCGAGGGGUUAAUGGAUCAGCGCUCUUAUUUACAAGGUCUUUUGUGGAUAGAAACAGUUUUAGAUAGUUGUUGCUGUAGCUGAUUCAGAAAUUAUUAUUUGCCUGUAUAUUUUUCUUUUUUUCGAUUGUGAUCUCAAAUGAAUGUUACCUCCCAAGCACCAAGAAGAAAUGAUUGUCCUUCCCUAUAGUUGUUUUAUUUUAUGAAUGA